AUGAGCAUGUCUUCAGAGCAGACCAACAACGCAAAGGACAGCGCUGUCUACACCACCUCUCAUGGGGCUCCCGUUCGGUUGGUCACAGUGUACGGUGCCGAAAAACGCAUGCAUCUCACCGAGAGUCCAGACUUUCACCAAAUCGAUCUUCUCGCCCACUUCGACCGCGAGCGCAUUCCGGAACGUGUUGUGCACGCAAAGGGCGCGGGUGCACACGGCUACUUUGAGGCCACGCACGACAUCUCCGACCUGACUUGUGCAAAGCUGUUCACUCAAGUCGGCACCAAGACUCGCGCGACGGUCCGCUUCUCGACCAUCGCAGGCGAAGCAGGCGCUGCGGAUACCGAUCGUGACCCACGCGGCUUUGCGAUCAAGCUCCGUACGGAAGUGGGCAACCUUGACUUUGUGUUCAACAAUACGCCAAUCUUCUUCAUCCGGGACCCGGCGAAGUUCCCUCAUUUCAUCCAUACACAGAAGCGUAACCCCCAAACGCAUCUCAAGGAUGCGGACAUGUUUUGGGACUUCUUAUCGCAGAAUCCCGAGACUGUCCAUCAGGUGAUGAUCACCUUCUCCGACCGCGGCACGCCCGACGGCUAUCAUCAAAUACAUGGCUACUCUGGCCAUACCUUCAAGUUUGUCAAUGACAAGGGAGACUGGCAAUACGUCCAAAUCCACAUCCGUGCCGACAACGGCUUCAAGACGCUCGAUGCCGGGAAGGCGAGCGAACUGCAGGGUUCCAACCCUGACUAUGGAAUCGAGUCCCUCUUCAAAGCCAUCGAGAGUGGGGACCACCCUUCUUGGACUGUCUACGUUCAAACGAUGACACCUGCUCAAGCCGAGCAGUUCCGCUACAAUAUUCUCGACCUGACGAAGGUCUGGCCGCACUCGGAGUUCCCCUUGCGCCCAGUGGGGAAGCUUGUGCUCAACGAGAACGCACAAAACUACUUCGCAGAGAUUGAGCAGGUUGCAUUCUCGCCUUCUCAUCUUGUUCCAGGCAUCGAACCUUCAGCGGACCCCAUGCUUCAGUCACGCCUGUUCUCGUACCCUGAUGCCCAUCGUCACCGUCUAGGGACCAACUACCAGCAGCUCCCGGUCAAUGCGCCGAUCGCACCCGUGGCCAACUUCCAACGCGAUGGUGCGAUGGCGUUCAAUAACCAGGGUGCUCGCCCGAACUAUCAGAGCUCCUUAUCUCCAUUGUCAUAUCCAGGCAAGGCCUGCGAUGCCAAGGAACUCAAGCACGAGACGCUCACCGGCGUCGCUCGCAACGACCUGAGCGUGGUCACGGAGCUCGACUUCGAGCAGCCGCGCGUGCUCUACCAGAAGGUGAUGGAUCAAAUGGCGCGCGAGCACCUUGUCGACAACCUCGCUGGGCAUAUGAAGAAUAUCAAGGAGAAGAAGAUCGCCUCUCGUCAGCUCAGCGUCUUCGCGGCCGUCGACCAGGGCUUUGCUGAUGAGCUCGCCGCGAAGCUCGGAUUGGACAGCGUCGGGCCGCUUCAGGUUGCGCCGGCGGCGGCGAUGCACCAGGUGAAGCACGGCAUUGACACCGCAGCGCGUGGCCAGGUUUAG